GCGACGGGGUGCUAUAGUUCUCGAUCUACUGAAACGCCGACCUCCAUCAACAAAUGCAGUAAAGGAAGAAAAAAACAAUACCGUAGCUGUAACAGUUUAACAACUCUGUGCAUACGCAUCGCUUACUUUGGACAUGCUUCGACUACAUUUUUCUUGCGGCUUGAGUAAUGCAAUGCUAACUUGGCCAACUUCCUUGGUCGCUUUUAAGUGAAGACCUUAAAGAAGUUAACGAAAGCAAAGCAGUUUGAAGAAGGCGUGGACGUGGGCUGUUGCUCCUGUCUCACCACACCAAAGAUCAGCUGGAAGCCCCAGACCUGCCAUAACCUGCCAGGUCCCUGUCAGAACCCCAUCCCCAGCAGAAUUGGUGGUGGUGCAUGAUGGGCUCAUUCCGGCGCCCGAGGCCCCGUUUCAUGAGCUCCCCAGUGCUGACGGACCUCCCUCGUUUCCAUGCCAGUGCCCCAGCCCUGCAGCUGUCCAAUGCCAGCGUCUGGAACAGUGUCCAGUCUGCUGUGAUCAAGGUUUUCCAGGGUGGAGGGCUGCAGACUAACGAGCUUUACUCCCUGAAUGAGAGUAUCAGGUGGCUCCUCAAGACAGAACUAGGCUCUUUCAUCACCGAGUAUUUCCAGAAUCAGCUCCUGAACAAAGGCCUACUGUACAUUACAGAGAAAAUUCAGCUGUACGAGGGUGACAGUCAGCUCCUCAUUCUGUCAGAAAUGUGGGGCAGAUUCUUCACUGAAAUUCUGCCUACUCUACAGGCGAUAUUUUACCCAGUGCAGGGUCAGGAGCUGACAGUGAGGCAGAUGGCACUGCUGGGGUUCAGAGAUCUAGUGCUGCUGAAGCUGCCCCUGGAAGACCUGUUGCCCACUGCCCCGCCCCCACCUCCCCCAGCUAUCACGCAGAUGUUGCUGGUCCUGCAGGGCAUCCAUGAGCCCAAUGGUCCCAGCCAGGAGUACUGCCAGCUGGAGAAACUGGUGGAGAUGGUGGUCUCACCUUACCUGGGAAACUACUUACACUGUAGCCACACUGCGUGCUAUAUUGAAUGUCGUGCAACACGGCCCAAGACAACUGGAAUGCCACACUUUGGUCAGCCUGAGAUCCUGGUUACCCAGCAUGCCACAGACUCUUGCUCACUGGCACCCCUGGUGGAGCAGGAGGGCGAGGCCUACCUGGAGAAGGUGGGAGGGGUGAGACGGCACACAGUGGCCAAUGCCCACUCGGACCUGCAGCUGCUGGCCGUGGCCAGCAUGAUGCACCCUGGGAUGGCGGAAGACUGUGGGGGUGGUGGGAAUGGAGGCAGCGGAGGGGGAGGUGGCAGCAGUGGCGGCGUGGGAACCCGGCCCUUCUCCAGUGAGCCAUAUAUCUUGGAGUCCCCAGUUGGUGUGGUAGUGCUCUCUCGGCAGCAGGGCUCCACCGAGCUUAGUUGCGCCCCACCCAGCUAGUAAAGAGGGGAGGUGCGUUAUGGACUCAUGGAACCUCCGGGAGCAAAAGGUCUUUAUUAGUGUGAGGGGCCUUGACAGAGCUAUCAGCUGACCUGGCAGCUGUGAACACUCCACUCUGCCUGUUGGCCCCACUGAGAGUGACCUGGUCAAACUCUGACAUGGCACCCAUAGCCAUGCCUGGCUUAAACACGAUUUCCAGACUGACUGCCAUUUUGUCUUAUCAGAUGUCUCAAUGGGAAGGUAUGAUUUUUUUUCUUUGAGGAUAGAGAUAGGACUGUGCAUAUGCAUUCAUGCAGGCCGUCAGUCAUGGGGACCCCACUGGUGCAUGACUGACCCAGUUUCAUCUCCUAUGGAAGUACCACUGAGGUGUGGAAUCUCAAUCCAGUAGUGUUUACAAAGAGGAAUACGCACAAACCUCUUAAAUCCAUACAGUGCUGGUCUGUAAACAGAGACUCUACUGUUUCCAGUGGAGUCAGGCCUUUUGGCUUCUACUUAAUUCCUCAGUUUUCCUAGUUACUACUAGGAGUCAUGACCUCCACGUCACUGGAGUAAGCAAUGCCUGCUAGUCUUUAACACAGUAUUCAAUAGAGAAGACUUUACUGCGUCUUUGCUUUUGGUUUGUUGUAAAUUCUGGUUCCAAGCCUGUCCCAUGU